AUGCGUUCCCUUGUCAUUCUUCUUUUCAUUUUCUCGUUUCUCUGUCUAUCGCACGCUUUCUACCCGAAUCUCUAUUUGGCCGCUCCGUACAAAUAUAUUGAGGGUCAAUACCCGGAUGAGUUCCGAGGUCGAGCCUUGACGGGACGGAUCAGAUCCGGUGGAAGGAUGGAUUCACUCCAGAAAAUGUCGAACACCAAUCAAGCGUCUGUUGACAAGGUGAAACGCUUCCGACCGUGUUUCUACUCGCCAAUUCAGUGCUUGAUCAAGAGGAAA